GUGGCAAGGGGGGGGGCGAGCCCCGCACCUCGCCCAAGAAGGCUCCCAAGGAGAAGAAAACUUUGGAAGAUGCCUUAAAGGGCGCCCUCGAAAGGCCAGGUUCAGGCCGCCCGGUGCUUGACAGACUGCGGCCCACCACCAAAGCCGCAGAGGGAGGGCACCUCACGCUGAACACCUUCAAGGCGAAGGGCAACGUCACGAAGCCGGCCGCCUCAGCUGACAACGGACGCAACAACAACGACGCGGAGACGCCUCGGGGCCCCGGCAAGGGCCGCGGCGGCAACCAAAACAACGGGAAGGGGGAGGACUCCGGAGGCCGGUCUGAGGCCAACGGGAAGUCAAGCACACGCAGUCCUUCUUCCUCCAAGCCAUCGGUGAUGGUGCGUCAACGGGAUUGGCCCACUUUCCACAUCGCCGCGGACACGAAGCUGCUCGACAGCCUGCGGUCCGGCGUUAUGCCCACGUCGGAUGCGCACACUGUGGCCGUGGCCGACGAAGCCGCGGCUAUGCACAUUGGCCAGAAGGACCCGGCCAACCUCGCCAGGCAGAGCUUCACGGUCGUCAUCCCGUUCAAGACCAUGGAUGACGCGACCAAGUUCACUAUCGAGGGGGUCGUCUGCACCCCCAGGUGGGUCACCUUUCGGGAGGGCAAUCCUGUUGUCUACUCCCUGCGGCCCGCCUCUUGCUGCAAGAUCGGGAACGGCGUCUCGGCGCAGGCCCCCGAGGCCCGACAGCGAUCCGCGCGAACGUCUACGCCAAGCCUCGAGAGCAUUUGGCCGGCCGACCUCAAGUCGGCCCAGCUUGGCAAGUGGACCUUCACCGUCAAACCUGACACGAAAAACAAAAACGCGAUGAGCCUCAUCGCCGAGGGUCUGGAGCAGGGCGUCGCUCAGCUGCUGGCCCUCUCUGGAAAGGGCGGGGUGUUCUUCCAGCGCCUCGCGCGCGACCGCGGCGCCCGCCCACGCACUACGGUCGAGUGGGUCGUUCGCGAGGGCGCGGGCACGGACAAACAGUACCUCGAGCGGGUCUUGGAUCGCAGUGCCCAGGUCUCGGAUUUCCUCACAGCCAACGUGUGGAUCGACCCGGACGUGCAGGCCAUGCUCGCACCGGGUUCGUGGAGGGUGAAAUGCACGGAGCGGCCCUCCGAUACGUGCAGCUACAUCUACCUCCUGGAAGGCAAGGACAAGGUCAAGGGCGCCGACGCCAUGGACGUCGAUGACAAAGGCGCCAAAGGCGAAAAAGAAAAGGGCGGCGAGCCGGCUGCCGAGUCUGGCGGGGCGCGGCGGCAGGAGGAUCCUCCAGCCGGCGCCGGGCCCCCCGAGAUUGCGAAGAAGGCCAUGGCGCAGGAAGCGGGCGGGGCCGGCGCGUGCGGGCACUGCGCCUGCGUGCUCGGCGGCAGGCUCUUCAGGGACAGCGCCUUCUCGGACCUCGACGUCGUGCGCGCAGAGGCGCUGACGCUCAGGGUCCAGACGGCCCAGUUCAUGGGCGCCGACGAAGACUGGGCGGGGUUCUGGGCGGCCGACCCGGAUAACCUCGACCGCGCGGGCUCCACCUUCGCCGAGCACCUCGCCGAGAUGAAGGUCUCGACGUUCUGGGUGGACGAGAUGCAGCUCAGGGGCGUGGCUGCGCGCAUGAAGCGGUGCGUCGCGACCAUCUAUAAAGAUUAUGCUGGGAAGUGGGCGCGCCGGUCCUUCGGUGCGGACAACAAAUCAGGAGGUUGGAUUGUUCUGAUGCUCCAGGACGGGCACUUCCAGGCGGCCCGGCCCGACAAGCCUUGGCCGGCGGAGCUGAUCCGCGACAAGGGCGGCUCGUUCCUACGCGGGCCGGGCUGCUUCGGCCGCCGCGGCCCCGGCGGCCACGCGAGCACGAGCACCGACUCCAGCGAGGGCGUCUACGGCUACGUCGUCGCGGAGAGCCUCUUCUACACCCAGGGCUUCUUCGGCUCGCGCACCCAGCGCAUCUGCUCCGCAGAAGGCGCCUACGGCGGUUCCCUCCCCGGCGGCUGCGUCGAAGAGAGCUGCCCGGGCAUCCUCGACACGUUCGGCGGCGACUCCGAGGGCGGGGUCAUCUUCGGCUUCGAGGGCGGCGUCUUUUUCUUCACGGAGGCCGCUCGGUUCUUCUUCGCAGCCAUCUGCUCCGCGGAGGGCAAGGCCGGUCUCGGCGAUGGCCACAACAGCAUCACAGAGGACACGUCCUGCUUCUUCGAAGCGUCCGCGGGCCCGGCUAUCGACUUCCAGACCUACCUCCUGUCCUUCCGCCGCAACUUCUCGCGCGCGGAGCGGCAGGUGUCCGACGUCGACGCCGCCUUCUUCAAAGACGCUGUCUCCUCGCACCUCGACUGGCUCACCGCCCACGCCGGCGCCACGGGGAAGGAGGUGGAGACGCAGCGACGGCAGUUCGAAGGGACUGUCAAGGACAAGUGCGAGCAGUACUACCUGGCCGGCGACGCGUUCGCCUGCCCCUGCGGCUGGCGCGUCACAGGCCUGCCCGGGAAGGCAGCGGAACACUUCCAGGCCGCCGAGAGACACUGGGCUGGGCGCCAGCCGGGAUCCAGAUGGACCCCCGAGAACACGCGUCAGAUCAGGCGACGCCUCGACCACAGCCGAAUCGCGGCAGUGAAGGUCCGAGAGGCGAAGGCUUGGAACCUCUACGAGAAGCGGCGCGCUGCCCUCCCGGCGCGCCUCCGCAACAUCACCCACGAGCUCAACCCGGACACGGCGACCAAGAGCAUGAUCGGACCCAACAUGAGGCUUGUGUACGCCUGCAAGCACUGCAGCUCAUGCCUGCGCACCUCGGCCGCGUUCUGGCCACCCUGUCGGGGCGCGCCCAAGGACGAACGUAUGGCCCCCCUUGACUACAAGGCGGAAGUCCGCGCCGUCUUCGUCAAGAACAAGAUG